AUGUCUACAGAGGAAGGAAAGACAGCACAGGUUUCUGCUAGUAGUGCAGAUGGCUCGGACGAAGAGUGGCAGAAGAGUGGGCAAUAUAAAACAGAAGGUACAUUUGAGGCUAGGGAGGGUCAUCACUUCUACCGGCCCAUUGACAGUUAUGAGGGCCUUCAUCGUUGGGAUCCGAAUUUCCAAUGGACGGAACAGGAAGAGAAGAAAAUUGUCAGGAAGAUUGAUGCUCGUGUCUGCACUUUUGCCUGCGUGACCUUCUUUGCAUUGCAGCUGGACCGAGGAAACAUCGGCCAGGCACUAGCAAGUACCCUUCUGAAAGAUCUCAAGAUGACGAGCAAUGAUUACAACUUGGGUCAGACAAUCUUUCUGGUCUGCUUCUUGCUAGCUGAGAUGCCUUCGCAGUUACUCUCCAAGAGAGUCGGCCCAGACCGUUGGAUUCCUAUUCAAAUUGUUGCUUGGAGUUUAAUCGCGGCUUGUCAGGCCUUUUUGACAGGGCGUGGCUCAUAUUUGGCCUGUCGUGCUCUGCUGGGAUUCUUAGAAGGCGGCUUUAUUCCUGAUACCAUUCUUUUCUUGUCUUUCUUCUACAAAUCUAACGAGCUGCCGAGAAGACUGACCUGUUUCUGGAUUUCUUACACGAUUGCUGGAAUUAUUGGUUCAUUCCUAGCCUUUGGCUUCCUACACAUCACUAAUGCCAGCGGCAGUGGUGCGUGGAGAUAUCUAUUUGCGUACGAAGGUCUCAUAACCGGUGUCAUUGGAAUCAUCGCGUAUUUCUGGAUGCCAGCAUCCCCGGUGCAAACCAAGGGAGGAUUACGCGGAAAGGACGGAUGGUUCACGGAGCAUGAAGAGAAGAUCAUCGUGAACCGCGUUAUUCGGGACGAUCCUAGCAAGGGCAGUAUGCACAACCGACAAGCCGUCACCCCACGACGGUUUUGGGAGUCACUCAAGGAUUACCAUAUGUGGCCGAUUUAUGCUCUUGGUUUAGUUUGGAUGAUACCCACCACUCCGGCGGCAGGUUAUCUCACCCUGCAACUACGAUCCCAGGGGUUCACAACAUUCCAGACCAAUUUGUUGGUGAUUCCAUCAGCUGUCAUUGCGAUUAUUACCAUGAUAGCUAUUACCUGGGUUGCAGAGCGUACAAACCAGCGCCUGCUAUGGGGCGUGGGGGUGGAAGUAUGGAAUCUAGUCCUGCUUAUUGCACUAGAGUUACUUCCCGAGAGAAGCAUGCCCUGGCCCCGUUGGGCGAUACUUACGCUCCUUGUUGGUGGGCCGAGUAUUCAUCCUGUUGUGGUCGCGUUGACUUCACGAAAUGCCGGAUCUGUGCGGACUCGCACUGUUGCUUCUGCAUUGUAUAACAUGUCUGUACAACUCAGCGGCAUUGCUGGUGCUAAUGUGUACCAAGCAAAAGAUGCGCCAUACUACAGGAAGGGAAACAAAGUUCUUAUUGCACUGGCUGUCGUCAGUGGGUUCCUUUUUAUUGCCGCCAAGUUCUACUACGAUUGGUGGAAUAAAAAAAACUCUGCAAAGUGGAAUGCUAUGACAAGCGAGCAAAGAGAGUAUUACUUGCGUGAAAACCCCGUAUUGACAAACAAGAGACUUGACUUCCGGUUUGCUCGUUAG